GUCACGUGCUUGUGUGCAUGGCACAUUGGUUUCCGCCCAAAACCAAACAUUGCCUCUGUGUCUGUUGUCGCGAUAAGAGAGUGGGCUUUUAAUUUUUGGGUCAGGGAAUCUUGGAUGGAUCUGUAUGAUGAACUUCCCGAGCCUCCUCGGGCCCCUGGUCCUGCAGUGUCGCCAUCUGAAGCCGGACCCCCCGACAAUAAACCCACUAAUAAACGCAAAGCGGAAACGGCAGACUCUGACAGCUGUGAAGGGCAGCACCAGGAAAAGAAAGUUUGUAAAGGUUUUCACACAACUCAAAACUGCACAUGGUGUUUGUGCUUGAAAUGCUGUUUCUUCAGUGUUGGAAUCCUGUCUUUGAAAGCCCAUAUUGCUGAGCGUCGAGGGGAGCGUGAAGAAUUACAGGAUGCACAUUCCAUCUGUGACCUCAACCAAGAUUGCCAGCCGAUGCCAUCUGACUUAUCACGCCUCUCGUAUUUUGCUGUGUUUGAUGGUCACGGUGGAACACGGGCAUCACGUUUUGCUGCACAAAAUUUGCAUAGAAAUAUAGUGAAAAAAAUACCCAGAGGUGAGGGCAGUAGUGUGGACAAAGGUAUGAAGCGAUGUAUCCUGGAUGCCUUUAAGCAAACAGAUGAAGAUUUUCUCAAGCAAGCAGCAAGCCAGAAACCUGCAUGGAAAGAUGGGACGACAGCCAUCUGUGUGUUGGUUGCUGAUAAUAUCUUGUAUAUUGCCAACCUAGGGGAUAGUAGGGCUUUGCUCUGCAGGAUUAAUAAUGAAAACCAGAAGCAUGUAGUGCUCAGUUUGAGUAGAGAGCACAAUCCUACCCAGUAUGAGGAGCGGAUGAGGAUUCAGAAAGCAGGGGGAAAUGUAAGAGAUGGACGAGUGCUGGGUGUGCUGGAGGUCUCCCGCUCAAUAGGUGAUGGUCAAUACAAGCGCUACGGUGUAAUCAGCACCCCAGAGGUGAAGAGAUGUCCACUCACUGACAGUGACAGGUUUAUUUUGCUGGCUUGUGAUGGUCUUUUUAAGGCCUUCUCAGCAGAAGAGGCUGUAACCUUCAUCUUGACUCAUAUACAGGAAAAGAGUCCUUCAGCUGAAGAUGGCCAACCUGACCUUGAUUCUUUGUAUGAAUCUGCAUGUCAUCGACUUGCCAAUGAAGCAGUGCGUCGGGGUGCUGCUGAUAACGUCACAGUGUUGCUAGUACAAAUUCAGCACUGAUAACAGAGCUUGGGGAAGGCAGGGCCACAGCAAGGUUUCACAUAGUCCUCAUCUUUUAAACCUUUCAUUUCUUGAUUGUAAAUACAUUUCUCAAUCACCUCUCCCCUUAUUUAGACAGGAUUCUAUAGAACAUGGAUUCCGCCCGUUUGCCGAUACGAGAAGAAAUGUUUUCUAACGAAAGUCUCUGAUUGGAACUUGUUGGAAAAUUACAGGUCGAAAGCAGUAGAGCAACAUUCUGGUGGCUUCAAGCUUUCAUACUACGUGCGCUUUUGUAAAUGAGAUUGUGUAUUUAUGUUCCACUAUAUUUUAGUAAACUGCCAUCUUCUUAA